AAGUUCGUCAGUGGUCGCUGAAAAGAGAUGAUAGGUAUCACCGACAAUAUUCCUCCGUUCUUGUCAUCGUCCUUCGUGACUUGUUUUACGUGAAUAUCCUAUUCCAUCACCUAGACCAUCCGAAUCUUCCUUUGAUUAAGCAAGUAUUCCAAAUUUUUGACGUGAAUAUCUUAUUCCGUGACUUUUUUUACUUGAAAGAAGAUCCUAUUUAUACUUUCUUCUAGCUACUACACUGGUUAUGGAUUAAUGAUUUUAAUAGAAUAGUCAAAUUCAAUCCACACAUACACUUCUUCCAGCAAGAUAGACAGACUUCUCAUAAAAAGAUGACGCCGUUGAAUUUAGCUGAGGACACAAUCGAACGCUUGUUCGAGUGCUGUGCUCGGGAUGUUUCCAUUCCGGAGGACAUUGCGGACUAUGCCAAAGACGUCUCUGUGCAGAUAGCGAUGAAUGCGGACGUAGCAAGCUUAGAAGAGGAACUGGUCGAGUCUAUCCGCGACAUCCUGGAGGAGUCGGGUAUGCAGGAAGCCGAAUCCUUUUUGAAAAAGCUUAGCACAUUAUGCAAGACCGCAGUUCAGUUGAAUGGAAACAUCGACUCCUUGGUUGCGGGUGGGGGCGCAGUCCUUGGCGGAGAUGGCAGGACGGAAAAUAAUACUAAUACUAGUAUUGCAGCAGGUGGAGACAGUGGUGCAACAGCAGAUGGCGGUUCUGAUGAAGGAGGUGCUAGUGCGACUACAAUCGAAGCUGGAGCAGCAUCUACAACUGGUGGUGCGAAAGAUAAAGCGAGUGCAGAGGCACCUCCUGGUGACGGCUUUGCGGAUCAAAGUCUAGCGAAGUUGAUGGCUGGCGCCACACCAUCCACUUCAUCGACGUCGCCUAGAGCGAAUGGGCACCAACCACUGCAACAGAAGAAUCAAAAUGAUACUGUGGAUUUGUCAGAUUUCGUUUGCCGGGUACCGGAUUUGAUGCUACUGUAUGGCGGCGGAAAGUUGUUGCUCAAGUCAGCGCUGUUAGAGCUGCGCAAGGGGCAUCGGUAUGGCAUAGUGGGUAAGAACGGAGCAGGAAAAACGACGUUGCUGACCAUGAUUGCAUCGGGAAAAAUAGCGGAUUUACCUCUAGGAAAAUUCAAAAUAGUCACGGUGCAAGCUUCAGUGGCAACUUCCAAAGCCAGCGUGUACGAAUACGCAGUAGCAGCUUUGAAAAAAACCGGCAGAGAAGAAAUCGAUAUGGGAGGAAUGGAGGUAGAAAUCAGAACUACUAUUUUGCAUGGUGAUGUUGUGAUAAUGUUCUUCUUAUACCAUAGUACUAUUUUGCAUGGUGAUGUUGUGAGGAUGUUCUUCUUAUAGAUGUACAUCAAUAACUAUUGCAACUAUUCUUGUUUGCUUUCUAUUUGUUUGUUUCGAAUCAGACUUCGUUUUCCCAUAGAUCGUGUGGUACUAUGAGCGGCACAGUCAGGUUUCUAUUCAUGAACAAUGGAUACGUGAUAGGUGCAUAAUGGAAAACAACCCGUGUCCACAAAAAACUCCUCAGAUUGUGCGUAAUGCUCUGGAGAUGGUGGGAUUCGGGGACCCCGCUAUGUCAGAAAUGCCUACGACUAGCGAGAUUGAGGAGGACUCGCGCAUGCGAACAUCCUGGGAUGCAGGUGUUUCAGAACUCUCCGGAGGCUGGCGCAUGCGCUUGAGCCUUGCUGUGGGUAAGAUCGAGUGCGCGGCGCCGGACCUCCUUCUGUUGGAUGAACCGACCAAUCACUUGGACGUAAACGCGGUUCGAUGGCUCUCCUCGUAUUUGACAGCGACACUAGCACGCAAUAGCAGGACUGCGGUGCUGAUUGUAAGCCACGACGCAGAAUUUUUGGAUAAAGUGUGCACAGACGUGAUCCACUUCGAGAACCAGCAGUUAACUUACUACAACGGAGGCUUUGCCUCGUUUCGACAGGCACUCGGCGUGUCGGAGCGCGAAGCCAGCGACCUGCUGCAGACGAUGGCCCAUGCGGGGGGAUCCUCCACACCGCGUAACGAAGACCAAAACAAAGACGACCAAGAUGAGAAACUUCAAAAUGAGCUGUUUGGAGGCAGCUCCAGUAGUUUUGCGGCAGCGAAGAAAGCGGCCCUGGAUGCUGAACGGUCGCAAGUGGAGGACAGCUUGGCCUUCCUGAAUUUGGACGACACCUUAGGUACAAAGGGCAACCCCGAGAAAACGAAGGAGGAAGAUGCAAAGGCAUGGGUAAGUUGCGCGCCUGUGGGUGGACCGGACAAGCUCUCAUUUCCGAUUCCGGGAAAACUAGACGGCAUCGCGAACGACAAAAAAUCAAUACUGGAGCUCAAAAAUAUCAAGUACACCUAAUCAUAUGCUUCUUCUUUUCUUGCUUGAGCUCAUGGAUACACCACUUUCUCGGCAUGCAGUGGUAGUCUCGAGUGUCUAGUACAUAUGUACGUUGCUGUUGCUUACAUGAAUUCUUGUCUUUGUUUGCAUUCACCCUUGUUUUCCAAGCAAGUUUCAUUCUUAGAAUAUCAUGCAAACUACAACAGUUUUCGCUACAACGAGGGAGCGCCUCUAGUGCUUGAGGACAUUUCGUGUCGACUAACACUCGCUUCCCGCGUAGCGCUUGAGGGCGCCAACGGUGCAGGAAAGUCUACACUUUUGGGCCUGUUAUCAGGUGAGCUCUCUCCAGAUCUAGAGCUAAAGUCAGCCACUGGCGCUGAGCCGGUGAUGUACAAGCAUCGUAACUUACGUCUCGCGUACAUUGCGCAGCACCACACCUUCCACUUGCAGGAGUUUGCAGUCUGUGCACCACUAGUAUACAUGCAGAAGCGGUUCAAAAACGGCUACGACGAGGAGUUGCAAAAGCGAUUGCUAACGUUGACACCCGAGGAGCAGGCCCACGUAGAUGAGAUGGCACGGAAAUUGGGGAAAUACGGCAAGCGCGUAAGAGAUAUUGCUGGUCGUCAAAAGCGAGGGAAAGAAUUCUACUACGAGGUACUCUUAAUUAUAAUGAGAAGAGCGCGCGCGCGCCACCACAGACCACACCACAGGGGGGGGGGCGGUCAGCCCUAAAACAUAUAUGACGUACCCAAUCUAAAUCAGAUUGCUCCUCCGUGAUCCUUUCUUGUCUUGCUUUUUGUUUUUGAUGAUACCAGGCUCAAGUAGAAAUGAAACAAAAAUCUUCAACACUGUCACUGAUAGAUACUAAAACCUUUACCUAGUCAAGGAAAAACUGUGGUUCACCUUUCAACCACACAGGAACUCAGGUAAUACCCUUUGAGUUUCAAACCCUUUUUUGUCCUUCAUCUCACAUGUUGUGAAACGCCUUCGUUCCAAAAAUAUCUUGGUCAUUUUUCUCCGUACCAGAUCAUGUGGGAGGAACUGCCGGAUUCAAAGCAGAACACAUUCGAGCCUCUCUCGAAGCUGAGAGAAAUGGGAGUUGAGAAUAUAUGUCGGGCCUACGAUGAGCGACAGCAAGCGGUGGCAGCGGGAAAUGACCAACGGCCACUCAGUAAUCGGGAAAUACUCAAGCACUUCGAGAAUUUUGGGUAUUAUAAUUCUGGUUUACUUUUUCUAUUAGUCCUCCUCGUUAAUAAUAUUUGGAUUAAAUAAAAUAUUAUGGUGAAAAUCAUGGUAGUAUCGAAGAUCAGUCUAAGCGAUCUGCUUCCUACUUAUUCUAUCCCCGCCCUCUCUGUAUUCAUUCUUGUUAACUUUUUUUAUUUCUUCGUCCAGAUUCGAUGAGGACAUGGUGGAGCGGCGUCAACUGGGCUCAUUCUCUAUGGGUCAGAAGAGUCGGCUCUUACUUGCAGCAUCCAUGUGGAUCAAGCCGCAUUGCUUGUUUCUUGACGAACCUACAAACUACAUCGAUCAAGAAACACUAGACGCCUUGGAGCGGGCACUGAAGUUUUUCCGCGGCGCGGUCCUGAUCGUUAGUCACAAUCACGCUUUUUUGACUCGCGUGUGCUCCGAGCACUGGCGUGUGGAGGAUAAAAGGGUAGUUCUUCCAGGCAAAGCUACGAGAUAAUCUCAUCUGGAAAUAUUUUCUCGUCUGAGAGAAGUGAACUACCUACAACCUCUUCUACCUACUACUCAUCGUUAUCUUCACAUAUUGCGAGAUUAAGGCUGUGAACAAAACAAGCCCAAGCUCCUUGCUUCGAGACAUACUUUUUGCCGAUGUUUUUAUCUAAUGCGCUCAAAACGAGACAGGAGCAAG